AUGGCGCCUACACGUUCCAGUGUGAGCAAAGACGAUGCCGAGUCAAAAAUUGUCUUGGAGAAUCUCGAACAUGUGUCUCAGGAGGAACAGCUACUUUCUCUCUUUCCGGUGCUUCAGGACAAGACCCCGGAGGAACUGGAGAGAUUGAAUAAGGCUGUGGUGCGCAAGUUGGAUUGGCGCUUUCUGCCCUGUGUGACAAUGAUGCUUCUGAUGAGCUACCUUGAUCGGAUCAAUGUUUCCAACGCCCGUCUCGCAGGCAUGCAGGACGACUUGCACAUGACCGAUACUGUCUGGUCUGCCGGGAUCUCUCUUUUCUACGUUGGCUAUAUCAUUUCUCAGGUCCCUGCCAACGUGCUCAUCGCAAAAGGCAAGCCAAGCAUCAUCUUCCCCUCUAUUAUGUUGGCGUGGUCGGCCGUGACUAUCUGCAUGCCGGCACUUUCGUCCGGCUGGGGGUUCUGUCUCUGUCGAUUCCUCGUGGGUCUCGCCGAGGGCCCGUUUAUUCCUGCCGUAUCGCUGCUCACGUCGUCCUGGUAUACGCGGGAGGAAUCACCAUUGCGCAUGGGGAUCUGGCAUGCGGGUAACACCAUUUCCAACGCGUUCUCCGGUCUCCUUGCGGCGGGUAUCCUUACCAAUAUGGAUGGGAUUGCCGGGCUUCGUGCCUGGCAAUGGUUCAUUCUCCUAGAGGGUAUCGUCAGUGUUAUUGUGGGGGUGUUAGCCUUCGGCUUCAUUCCCAAUUUCCCAGACAACACUGGUCGUCGCUGGUUUACCGAAGAGGAGACUGCGAUGGCUCAGUAUCGACAGGUUCUCUCUGCCGGUGGAGUCCGCGAAGAUGACGAUGGCAAUCACUGGGGCGGAGUACUCCUGGCCAUCAAGGAUCCGUUUACUUGGUUCUUCUCUGCAAUCCAUUUCUCGCUCAUCAUUGCCCAGUCGUUCAAGGACUUCUUUCCUUCGAUUGUCGGCACGCUCAACUUCUCCGAAGUUGUGACAUACCUUGUGCAGGCUCCGCCCUACUUCAUUGCCUAUCUUGCGACUCUGGCCAUCUCAUGGUCCUCCGGCCGAAUGCUAGAACAUUGCUGGCAUAUUGUUGCGCCGGUGGUUGUCGCUCUCGUUGGGGCCGUGCUCAUGAUCGCAACUCUGAAUCCGGGUGCACGAUAUUUCGGGCUGGUUUUGCUAUGCACGGGGCCAUAUGUCGGACUGAAUAUCCAAAUCGCCUGGGAAACCACCGACGUUCCACGCCCCCGAACCAAACGUGCCGCGUUGAUCGCCAUUGCCAAUUGCGUCUCCUCCGUCUCGCACUGGUUCAUGCCCUACUUCUUCCUUCGAUCGCAGGAACCCAGAUACGAGACCGGUGGCGGAAUAAUUAUCGCAGGGUGUGGGUUGGCGAUUAUAUCGGCCGUGAUGACGCGGUGGUGGUGCAUGCGGAAAAACAAGCAGUUGGAUGAGACAGAGGCGGAGAGUGGGAAUAUGACUCAGUGGAGGUUUGCUACUUGA